AUGGAAAAAUAUAAAAGAAUUUCCCAAAUAGGAGAAGGCUCUUUUGGUAAAGUUUAUAAAUCUAGAGACUUAGAAAACAAUAAAGAUGUGGCAAUAAAACGUAUUCCUGUAGAAAUUGAAAAUGGAAUACCAUUUACAGCCUACAGGGAAAUAAAGAUUUUAAAAAAAUACACUCACACAAAUCUUGUUAAGCUUCAUGAUGCCAUGCAUGAAGAAGGUUUUAUUUUUCUUGUUAUGGAUUAUUUACCAUUUGAUCUUACUGGUCUUCUUUUAUCUAAGUAUCAGUUCCAGUACAAUCAAAUAAGAGGCUUGAUCUAUCAGCUUUGUCAAGCUACUUCUUAUCUUCACAGUAAGAAUAUUAUUCAUCGGGAUAUUAAAGCUUCAAAUAUUUUAAUUGACAGCAGUGGUGUAUUAAAACUUACAGAUUUUGGAUUGGCUAGGGAACAAGGACAUUACAUGACUAAUAGAGUGUGUACUUUAUGGUAUAGAGCUAUUGAGUUACUUCUUGGUGAAAUUAAAUAUACUUGUAAAGUUGAUUCUUGGUCUAUUGGAAUACUUUUUUUAGAAAUGAAAAUUGGAGAUGUUCCAUUUAAAGGAUCAAAUGAAGCUUCUCAGGUCAAAGAAAUUGUUAAAGCGUUAGGUAUUCCUGAUGAGAAAUAUCAAUGGACUGAAUUAUUUGAGCUUAAUAGAUUUAAAAGGUCUGAAACAUUUACAGAUUUAUUAAAAUUGUUAUUUGAAAAAGUAUGCGAUGAAAGUGAACUUAUAUUACUUAAAGAGUUGUUGUGUCUUAAUUCUAAAGAAAGAAUAUCUCCAAAGUAUGCUCUUAAGUUAAAAUAUCUAGAAGACCUUACUGAAAUAUAUUUUCCGAUAGAAAUAAAUGAGGUUCAUGAGUUUGAUAUGAAAAAUCUUGAAAAAGAAUAA